AUGGAACAACCAGGCACCCAAACACCGCUCCUGCAGGUCUUUUAUGUUCAGAGACAUGUGGAGUACGAAAGCCGGGAUCGACGCAAGGAUGCACUGCUUUGCAAUGCCAUCGGGAGUGAAUGCGUAAGUAAGCAGUAUUACGGCUUACUUAGAACUGGUGACAGUGAGAAGGGUGUGGGGGGGACUCCUCCCUUUUUCUCCUCCGGCAACAGUUGGAUGAGUGGCAUCACAAUGGGGUUUGGAGAGCACCCAGGGAGCUGGCAACGAGCCGGAGGGGAAAUAUUAAUUACGGGCAGCAUCCGCUCUCUGCGAGGCUGCUCUGAGAGCGCGUUUCCCUCCAGCGCCCAGCGGCGAGGCGGAGCAGGAGAGGAGGGCGAGCCCGGCGGCUGCGUCUUGCGCUCCUGCCCGGGCAGGCGGGCGUCGGAGGCGGCGUCUGCCUGCCUGUCUCGGCGGCGGCGGCUGCUGGAGAAGCAUGAUGGACGACCUGGCUUCCGAGGAGGACACCCUUUUGUCCCUCGUUCUGUACUGAACUUGAUGGUGUUUGAUAAAGCAUCAGUUCAACUGUGCUCCUUUCGGAAAAAGAGCUCCACGAUGCAGCCAACGAAACGACACGAUGCGCAUGAAGAGCUGCUCCGGAGGGGGGUGGACGUCAAUGCCAAGAAUAAUACCCGAACCGCUCUCCACUGGGCCGCAGGAGCAGGGCAUGAACAGGCGGUGCGCCUUCUGCUGGACCAUGACGCCUUGGUGGACGAUGAGGACAUUUUUGGGAUGAACGCACUCCUGCUGUCCGCCUGGUUCGGCCAUCUGCGGGUUCUUCAGAUCCUCGUAAACGCCGGGGCCAAAAUCAGCCGUGCGAACAAGAACGGCUGCAACCUGCUGCAUUGUGCGGCUCAGAGGGGUCACCUGAGAGUGAUCAAGUUCAUCAUGGAAGACCUGGAGGAUGUGCGGCUGGAUAAGAAGGACAAGAUGGACAGAACCGCGUUUCACCUGGCUGCAGAAAGCGGACAUCUGGAAGUGGUGGAGUUCCUGAUAGGCUGCGGCUGCAAUUACAGAACUGAAGACAAGGAGAAGAAUACGGCCCUCCACGUAGCUGCAAAGAACAGUCACACGGGGGUGGUCCAGAAACUCAUAGAAGUCGGGAUGAACCUUGACGAGAAAAACAUGGAAGGGCUGACCCCACUGCACCUGGCUGCCGAAGGGGGACAUCUUGACAUCGUGAGGCUACUCUUGGGAGCCGGGUGUGAUGUUCAUGCCCAAACGCAGAAAAAGAUGACCUGCCUCCAUUACACCGCGCUGAACAGCUCCGAAGACAUGGCCAGGGUCCUGAUAGAAGCCGGAAUCCACACCGACACACUGAAUUACCAAAACUCAUCAGCUAUGCACAUCGCAGUACUGCACAACCAGCCAGCCAUAGUAAAACUUCUCAUCGAUGCUGAAUGUGACCUGGAUAUCCCUGACUACAGGCAGCAAAGUCCUCUUCAUAUCGCUGCAGAACACGGCAGGCAGGACAUCGCCGAGAUGAUCCUCAUCACUGGGGUGAACUUAAAGCGAACAGAUAAGCAAGGGAAGACAUCCCUGGAUAUCGCUGCUCGUGGCAACCACAUCAACUUGGCCGACAUGAUCAUCAAAGCGGACAGGUUUUAUAAGUGGGAGAAGGAUAACCUGAACAGCGACUCGGACUCCUGGGUAGCCAAGCACUUAACCUUCAAGCAAGACCACCGCUUGGAGACGCAGCACAUCCGCUCGGUCCUGUGGAGGCUCGCUACCAAAUACCUCCGCCCCGGCGAGUGGAAGAAGUUGGCACUUUAUUGGAAGUUCACCGAAGCCCACGUCCGAGCCAUUGAACACCAGUGGGCAGGAACCAAAAGCUACAGGGAACACGGCCAUAGGAUGCUACUGAUAUGGCUUCAUGGAGUGAUUAUGGCCGGUGAAAACCCAACCAAAGGACUCUACGAAGGCCUAAUAGGAAUUGGGAGGCGAGAUUUAGCAGAGAGCAUCAGGAAACAAGCCAACGCCGAUGUUGCUUCGCCACGGAAGUGUACGGCAAUGUGACCUGUGGAACAACCAUCUUUAGAAGCCUCGUUCCAUGAACCGCAUCAAGGAAGCAUCACUGUUGCAUACUGGCCAAAAGACAUCUCUUAUAACUUCUCGUAAGGGCUCCACGCCAUAUCGGAUGGCAGCGUUUUCCAUUCCAGAUCAGGUAUCGAUAAGAUCUACAUCAGCAGCUUCUAGACACACAAAGUGCGGGGUAUUCGGUUGUUUCCUCAGAUACGGACACUGCCAAGGGGAAAUAAUCUCAAACUAGCAAGAC